AUGGCUGCCCCAAACAUCAACCACGCAGGCUACGACCGCCGCCUCGCCGUUAUCCAGACCAUCCUGGACAGACUCGGCCUGACCGCCACCUCCAUCACCCCAGUCGAAUACGUCGAGCACUCCCCCUUCCCUUAUAACAACUUCCUCUACAAGCUGGACCUCGCCGCCCCAGCCAUCGCCGCCAACUUCACCCCCAAGCCGUGCACCACCCUUCCGCCCGCCGAGGGGAUCUCCACGCUCAUCCUGAAGCUUUCCAACCCAAAGGCAGAAGGCUUGGAUAACACUAACCGCGUCGAGAACGACGUCAUCGCCUCCUCGCUCAUCCGGGACUCUCUCUCCCAGCGCGCCCCUGACAUGGCAGACAUCGUCCCCGCCGUCUACGCGUGGGAGCCCUUCAUGGACCCCUCGCCCGACGCAGACGAGGCCUCCUCGGGCUGGACGCUGAUGGGAUACCGCCCUGGUUCAAACCUAGACGGGCACUUCGCCACCCUGGACGAGCACGACAAAGUCGCCGUCAUGGAGCAGGUCGCAACCAUCCUGUCCGCGAUCCAGGCCGUCCAGCUGCCCGCUGGCGUUACCGGCCUCGGCGGCAUGACCCUCACCAGCGACGGCGCCAUCGUCACGGGGCAGCGUUCCAUCCUCCCCGGCGGGCCGUGGCCGUCCUACGCAAACAUGUUGGCCUCGAAGCUGCAGUUCCAGCUCGGCGGCGACGCGGAGCACAGCGCGGUAUUACGUGGGUGGCGGGAUAACGGCGCCCUUCGCGCGAAAUUGGACGACUUCAUCUCAAGCCCCGCAAUCGCGAAGGUGCUGGCGCGCGGCCGCGUGGACGCCAACCACAGGGUUCUGACCCAUGGCGACUUCACGAUGAACAACAUGCUCUACGACCCGGCAACGGGGCGCAUCUCGGCCCUCCUCGACUUCGACUGGGCCGCCGUCGCGCACCCGGCGCACGAGUUCUUCUCGGGCCUGCACGACCUGCAGGGCGGCACGCACCCGGGCGACGCGGCGCUGCAGUCUGCGGUGCUCACAGGCGAUUUCAACACCACCACCGCCGCCGCCGACGACAACAAAGAGGUAUCCACCACCCCAGCCUGGGCUCAAGCCCGCACGUGGGACGCCGCACUCCGCAAAGCAGGCGGGCUCCGCCCCAGCAGCCUCGCGGGGAUCACGACGCUCGAGUCCCUCCGCGAGCUGGAGGACCUGGUCGCGCCCUUCGCGCUGUGCCACAGCGUCAUGCUGUCGCGCACGCCGGCGGACAAGACCCAGGCCCUCAAGGCCGAGACGGAGGCGAAGCUCGACGCCCUCCUCGACAGCCUCAUCCUGCAGGCGGGUAUCUAA